AUGUGGCAAUGCCAACACGAAGCCAUGGCAAAAAGAGAAUCGACAAACCUGCAGCAAAGCAACCCAGGAAAAAAGAUGCCACAGUCAAGCAGGACGGUGCUCCCAAAAGAAAAGCGUCGCUUCCAGCCAACCGCUUGCAACUGGCAGCCUGUGCGGCUGCUACCUUUGGAGCUGCCGGAGCUUACUGGGUCUGGGCAGCGUUGUUGCCAAGCAAGGUGGACUUGAGGCCAAAGCCGACGCUUGUCGUCCCUCGUGAUGUGGGAAUGCAAGCAGCCCCAAGUUUCACUCUGGCAAGCAGCGUGCCAGGUUGCACAAUUGAACGCGGAUAUGCAAACCGGCACAUUGUGGGUCCUGAGCGCUUCGGAAUUUCAUCGCCCAAAGAAUGCAUGAAAUUUUGCCGGGAGUCCAGCUGCAACUGUUGGAGUUGGAAAGAUGAUGGUUUUUGCCGCACUGGAACUGCCCAGACUUGCAACUACAUUGCCAGUGAGGAUGAUGACCGGUGGAUGUAUGGUUCCUGCACUAUGGAGAAGUCAGUGCCACCACCUGCACGUCCAACCGUGGUGCCGCUGGUGCCAGCGCAGCCUGCAGCAGCAGCAGCUCCAGAGCUACCUUUCAACCCAAGCCUUCUACGGACAUCUGCCCCAGUGGCACUGACAACACAGGGAAAGGGCGGAAACACUGAGGCGGUGAAAGGAACGAGUCAAGUAUCGACUGCUGCGCCUGCACCUCUUCUCGCUGCCACCCAAAGAGUGGAGACCAGCGAGAAACCUCAGCUGCAAGCCACAGGGGCAUCCAAAGAAGACUUAUUGAAAGCGCCCAAAUCGAAUGCAACUGUGUGUCCAGUCUUGAUGAUUACCCACCAGCGCGCAGAGUAUUUGAAGCGUGCUCUCGGCUCCCUGUUCCGUUACCGGACCAAGCCGCAGACCUACCCCAUCAUCGCUUCACAGGAUGGGGAAGAUGCCGAAGUGAAGGCGGUCUUGCAAAAGUACCAAGCCACGGGCGCGCUGCAGUUCCUCCACUUCACCCCCAAGGCGUUUCUGCCCACGGGAUACAAACGUCUCAGCGCUCACUAUGGCUGGGCUUUGGGGCAAGUCUUCGACGUACUAGGAUACCGGCAAGUUGUUAUUUUGGAAGAGGAUCUGGAGAUAGCUGUGGACUUUUUCUCCUAUUUCGAGGCCACCUUGCCAUUGCUGCAAUCCGAUCCCAAGCUCUUCUGUGUCUCCGCUUGGAACGACAAUGGGCGACCUGACCUGGUCCAGAACGCAACAGCGAUCUACCGCAGCGAUUUCUUUCCUGGUCUCGGUUGGAUGCUGUUGAGCAGCUUCUGGAAUGAAGUCAAGGGCAAAUGGCCCAACGAGUAUUGGGAUGACUUCCUGCGUCGAUCUGACAUUCGCCUGGAACGGCAUUGUUUGCGUCCUGAAGUGAGCCGCACGCACACCUUCGGCGAAAAGGGCGUUUCUCAUGGGCAGUACUACAAACAGCACUUGGCAUCCAACAUGCUGAAUGACAAAGUGGUGGAUUGGGUCUCGAUGAAUUUGAGCCAUGUGGCCACGGCUUCGGCCUUUGAUCUUUUCUUGAGUCAACAGGUGAAAACUGCAAAGCUGAUUCGGCUCGAAGAGCUUAAGGGAAACCAAGUGGAUUCCCCCAUCGCUGUCCAAUAUGCGGACAAAGAGUGGAAGAAAGUGGCACAACAUUUUGGCCUCAUGGAGGAUCAAAAGGCCGGCGUUCGACGUGGCAGCUACAGGGGCGUGUUGCCCUUUGCCUGGAAUGGCCAGGCAACAUAUUUGGUGCGAGACUGGCCGUUGAAUUAGGAAUCUACCCGAAGCAGGACACUAGAAUGCCAUUAGGAGGAAUCAGACUUAAAAACUUAAAAGAAAAGAUAUGAGAAGCACAGCCGGUGAUCGAAUUACUCUCAAAACAUCGGCCUUGAUUUUGUUGCGGGAGUUGCUUUUCCUGCAUAGUUUAUUGGGCAAACAUGGCCGCUAAGCAAAGCGGCCUUUCCCGUUGCCAAUUGGCGGAUAAGAUGUCUGCAAGGUUUGGCAGCCGGAUAUCCAAAGCCUUCGAAUGUGAGAAA